AUGGAACGUUUCCUGAGUCUUCUUGAUACUGAGCCAGCCACGGAUGCUAACGCUAAGACUUUGGCAAGGUUCCAGCCACAGAACCCACGAGCCGCAGCUUCUAUGCGCUUGGGCGACACGCAGCAGGAGCGAAGUGCAGAGCUACACAAGGCAAGCUCAGCCUGCGAUACUCUGCGAAUUAUGGCACUUCUGGAAGCCGGAGUUGACAUUGACGCUUCGAAUGAGUAUGGACAAACAGCCAUAUUCCUGGCCGCAUACUAUGAUGCUGCUGAGGCUGUCAAAUUGCUUGCAUGGUCUGGUGCAGAUGUGGAUCGCCCAGCCAAUGGAGGAACGAGUCCAUGGAUGUGUGCUGCGGUCAACGGUUUCAAAGGCGUGCUGGAAGUUCUCAGUGAGGCAGGUGCAAAGACCAACAACUUGUCCGAGCAGAUAGACUUUGGAAUUAGCACACCCAAAUUGAACUGGCUGAUCCCUGCCGACUCGGAACUUGCUGGAGCUGGAAGUUGCCUGGUUGACUUUGGAUUUCCGGAAGGCUUCCUGAAGCAAUUGGAAAGGCUGUUUGAAUCUCUGCCCGUGGCACCGAGCACAAAGUCUUCCUCAUCUGACCGUAGUUAUUACUGCGAUUCAGAGGGUUGGGUGCGACGCGCAUUUCAGGAUGCCUUGGGAGAGAUUGCGGAAUUGGGCGAAGCCCCUGGUAAGGUCACAAUGCCACACAUGCGUUUUUUUGCACUACUCUGA